UACUCUUCCUGAAUCAUUGAUGAUUGCACUCGAGUUCGUUAUACGACACCGCACUUAGUGUCAUAUAUAAUUUUGUCUCGAAGGCAAGCCGUAACCAUGGUGACGGGGGAACGCUAACACAGCGGAGCAGAUCGCGCUGGGAGACAGUGGUGACGUCACGCCGCUCUUUGCGCUCGUUUUAUUCGGCGAUGCUUUUUGUCUUUAAAUCGAAUCUUUACUAUUACACCUAGAAAUGACACGAAUCUUUCUAUGGGAGCAUAACUAUCGGUCUUGUAAAAUUGUUUUGUUGAGCCGAAGCGUCCGGCGUCACCUCAACAACGGCUGAGAAAAAUCCUCACCCACUCGGCUCGCUGAUAAAAAAUAAUACCAUGGAAAUGUAUGAGAAUGUUCUCACGCUAGGAAGGGGCGCAAGUGCAGUAGUGUUUCUAAUGAGACACGCUGAAUCGAAAAAACUGUAUGCUGUGAAGAGAAUUCAGAUCAACAGCCACCGGAAAACGAGAACCGUGGAGGCCGUCGUGCAGGAGGCCGAAAUACUUAAGAAACUCGAGCACCCCCACAUUGUGUCCUGCUACAGUCAUUUCAUUGACGACGACUACAUUCACAUCGUCAUGGACUACUGUGACGGCGGGACGCUGGAUGACCAAAUCAAGGAGAGGAAAGAGCUUUUUACGGAAGACCACGUCAUGGGGUGGUUUGUUCAGGCUGUCAUGGCGGUAAACUACAUACAUUCUGUCAGAAUCCUUCAUCGGGACAUCAAGACCACCAACGUGUUUGUGACCAAGAAAAACAUCAUAAAACUGGGGGAUUUUGGAAUAUCGAAAGUGAUGAGCCACACAACAGACAUGGCCAAAACAUGCAUUGGAACUCCAAGCUACCUGAGCCCAGAGGUCUGCCAGGAUGUUCCUUACAGCUCCAAGUCUGACAUCUGGGCCCUGGGAUGCCUCCUUUUCGAGAUCUGUGCACUCAGACCGGCCUUUGAGGCCAAGAACCUCAUUCGCUUGUAUCACAAGAUCAUAAAAGGGGAGUGCGGCAGAAUACCGGAGGAGUACUCGGAAAACCUGGCUGCUCUAAUUCAGAAGAUGCUGUCCUUGGAGCCAGGGGAGCGACCCAGUGCAAGCUGCAUAUUGAACAUGACCUAUGUCCAAGAGCACCUCGGGAAAUUUGUGGAGCAACGGGAGAAUCAACUCACAAAGAGUAACCAGUGUUCAAAACAUGCACCUCAAAGCAACCUCGCCACCAGGGGUGCAUCAGCAGUGGAUCCAUGCAGCAAGACUAUGGUCUCCCCCAGCGAGCUGAAGGACAGCGGCUAUGGCAGAGCUCGGUCGGCCCCACCGAACCUAGAUGAGGAAGAGGACGGGGGGCGAGACCUCCAGAGGGACAAAGCAGAGGAAUUUCCCAACAUGGGGAGUGGCUCUGACUACUCUGAUGAUUUCGAUGAGGAGGGCAGUUUGUCCUCCAUUGAGGAGCACAUCGUAGAGGAGUCUUCCUGUCCUCUAAAUGCACACAGUGAUGAGGCUUCUGAAGAGCAACAUGCUGGCCCAGGUGAAGGGGACUCCAGCGAGUACCCUGAUGACUUUGAGGAGGCUGAUGAGGAGGAGCUCAUUCACGUGGUCAGCAAUGCAAGGAAUGACAUGGAGGUCACUGUGCAAAAUGACCAUUUUGAAGAGGAGAUGCAGCACAGAGAGGGCUGCACUUUUUCUGCAACUCUAAAAUGCAUAAGAGACAGGUGUGUGGAGAACAUCGGACCCGAGCUUUAUGAAGAAAUCCAUUCUUACUUUGUCAGUGGCCUCACCCCAGGUGACCUGCAGGCACACUUUGAGCACAAGGUGGGACCAGACCACUUGGAAACCUGCUACGUUAUGUACAGCAUCGAACAGGAGACGACAUAAAUGCAACGUGUGCAACUUGGAGAAAGAGACGGACACAACCAGUUCAAACUACUGCAGGUCUCAAAAGGAAACUAGUCAUACUUUCUGGAUUGUGAGCUAAACUCUUGGAGGUAUAUUUACGGUAGGCAGGAACCUUGGCCCCACCCCACUGCUCAGACUUAGAGCCGCACCUGGGACCAGCUAGUUAGGAGGCAAUGAGUACCAGGUGCGGCCAGUAAAGCCAAAACGCUGCAUAGAGACCGAGGAUUAAAGUAUGAGUUAGGGAGAGGUAGAAGUUUGGAUGGAAAUUUCUAUUAACAGUUUGAAUAGUUUAUGAAUUGCGAUAGUUUAUGAAGGAUAUGGAGU